CAGUUCUUCUGCGUUUCCAGUCUCGGGUGGAGUCUCCAUCCAGUCGCAUCUCUGCGGGGCGACGGUGCUGGAAUUCUUUUGAACAACUUUUAUUUUUUGUUUUGCCAGCGUCUGUCCGCUUCCGCCAAGACAUCGAAAUACACCCCGCAAAAAAAGAAAGAUGACGACCACCACCACGUUCCAAGGAAUGGACCCCGGCGCUAAAAGCAGCUCCAGGGUCCUACGGCCGCCGGGUGGGGACUCCAGCUUCACCUUCGGUACAGACGAGAACUCCACCCCGCAGCGCAAGAACAAGAUGGCCUCCAGCAUCUUCGCAGAACCCGAUGACCCGCACGCCCACCGGAGGAACAACCCACCCACCGGGGCAGCGGCCGGGACCCUGUGCGGCGAGCCGUCGGCCCCCCUGAGGCGGGUUCAGCAGCCUCUCCUCUUCCCCAAGAACCCCCAGCCAGAACUGACCACCAUCCACAACUCUGGAGCGGCCAUGGUGUGGAACCAGAGACGAGAGGUUGAGAACGGCCAGGAACAGGCGGCUUACGAGUGUCCUGACGACGUGGACGGGGAGCAGGAGGAGCUCGAGCAGCAGAAGGACGCCCCACAGCCCUCGACCCCGUCGGGAAGCGCCGCCGGCGGCCGGAGAAACCCCCCCGGUGGCAAAUCCAGCCUCAUCCUGGGCUGAGACCAGCUCCUUUUGCUUUUCUUUUGUUUUUUUUUUCAUUGAAACACUUUUUUUAUUUUUGGAAAAUAAGUACCCCACCUCUCUCUCACCGUCUUCUCCCCCCUCGCCCACACGUCGACUCCUGUCCACACACCCCCCUCGUCUUCUGCUUCCACCCUCUAACCUUUUGUUUGAUCCUUUUUUCUAUUAAAAGAAGAAAAACUGUUGAUAAAAGCACUUUAUGUAUCUCUGUCCCCCGUCCCACUUCAUUUCAGCCCAUCCUGUAGUGCAUCGCGCCUGCUGGGAAAGGCAUGACUUUUAGCUUGUCUCUCAUUCUUCCCUGUUGUAAAUGGUAAGAGGAAAAAAAAGAUUUGAUGCGUGGAUUUCUAAAUACAAUAAAGAUUGAUAUGAA